UGUGUGUGUGUGUGUGUGUGUGUGUGUGUGUGUGUGUGUGAGGGACCAAACAAGGUUACUUUUAAUAAAUAGCUUACAGUGUUACACAAUAAUUGACAAGAAACCUCAUUAAGAAAUAAGAAGAGACGACUUACAAGAUUAUAACCUGUGUGUCUGACUGUGUGUGUGUGUGUGAGAGACCUGCGUGUGUGUUUCAGGGGUCAAUCUCAAGCUGAGCCUCCAUGUCACCAGGCCAAUGACCAGCACGCCGACAUCUGGAAGGAUGUGUCGCACAGCGGAGGCUACAUCACUUCCUCUGACUCAGCGCUUUCUGCCAGGACGUGCCUGCAGAUGGAGACAGUGUGAGGAGGAGGAGAAGAAGACACCUGGACACAAUAUGACAAACAGGAAGUGGCUGUCAGAAGAAAACACCAAGGAAGAGUGUGUCGCCUUGUUCUGCUUUCCCUCUUCCUACCCCCACAUUGCUACCACUUUCUCAGAACCUUGUCAGACUUCCGCUUUGACGGGGAUGACUCUGCCUUGUCGACUCCACAUUGCUUCUCCUCUUCUUCUUCUUCUUCCUGACAUGGCCACUCUGAUGGAAAAAGGCUCCACCCCCUCAGGCUCUGCCUUCCUCUGCUGCUCAGACCUACCCUCAAGUCCAUCUGAGAGCACCCCUAUGUGGAAUACUGCUGCAAUGACAAGAUGCCUUAAACACCUGACUCUCCAGCUGGUUGCUUCCUGUCCAAACCGGACGCUUUCUGCACACACAAAACAACCAACAGGCUCUUAGGCUCCGCCUCCACAAGACGGCCUGGAAAGUGUAUGUUGUGUGAACAUCGAGUACGAGGACGUACAGUAUCGUGUCUCACCUGAGCUGUACGAAGGCGUCGAGUGUCUAAUUCUGUCGAAGAGGAUCGACGCUCUGCUUACACGAGGCCUCUGAUGAGGGGACACCAGAUGCCGUCAAUCAUUAACAAUAAUUAAGAGUCUACCGUGCGUCCCCGCAGGGGUGGAUGGCGCCUGAGACGCACCGCCAGUGUCUUGGCUGGAUCCACUCGGAGACUCGAUGAAGACCCUGCCGGCCGCCACCUCCAGCUGUGCGAGGAACUCGGGGAGGAAGAGCAGCUUCACUCUCUGACCUUUGCAGUUGAGGUGCAUGAUGGGAACGUUGAGCUGGACGCUGAGGACCGCCUGAGCCCCGGUGCAUUCUAGGAAGAAAUCGAAGCGGUGGACCGACCCCCACAGGAAACCCUGAACGCACGCACACUCAGAGAAGACGCACAAUCACAGGAAACAGGAAACGCACAUCAGCACUACCUCGGGGACGUCAAUGAAAAAGCUGACACACUGUGACCCAUAGUUGAAGUCCACCCAGAACUCGUUCAGUUUCUCAUCUUUGGGGGGAAACAGCUGAUGAUGAUGAUGAUGAUGAUGAUGUCAGAGUCAAAAGGGCCAAACAAGUUCUCAUCCACGUUUUUUUUUUUUUUUUUUUACCUCUGUGGUUUCCAAGAAGGCUCUCAAACACGGGAAGGUGUGAACCCUGAAGGACAAAACAAUCCGAGUGAAUCCACCAUACCAUCAUAAACACUCAUCUAUCAUUCAUCCAUCACCUUCUCUGGUCGCCAUGGCGUUGGUUCAUGAAGUUCAGGAAAUGCCUACAGUCCUGAAGGACACGUCGGUGGGACGGUCAGGGUCAAAGAAACACCGACAAGUUGGUCACUCACCACCUCAAAGUCGGCAUCUUUGAUGUCACAGAAGACGUUGCGGAGGUCACAGCAGGAGAACCACUCGUUGGCUCGCUGGACUCGCGCCUUCCUGGGAGUCAGACGACACAACGCCUCCGAUAGGCUGACCUGGAGCUCGUAGUCUGGAACGCAUCAAAGAUCCUUUAUGAUCCUUUAUUAAUAUACUAUGCGUACUUUAUGUCUAAUAUAAUUUAAAUAGGGCUUCCUUUUCCUACAGGAAGUGACUGGACUCACCGCCGACUGUCUGAAUGGUAGCCGCCACCUCCGACCUGCAGAAGCUCACAGUAGUGUGUACUUGGCGUGUGUACGCUUUGUGACGUGUGCUCAAGUGCUGUGUCUCACAUCUUCUGAAUAUGGGCGUGGUCCAUUUGGACCCGCCUCCUUUGAUCUCUGCUUACAGACUCCAGGAUGCUGUUGAAGGUUCUGAUGGCCUGAUGACAACACCAGAACAGCCCAUAAUAAUCACCAUUAUUAUUAUUAUUAUUAAUAAUAACGCUGUUUCCACAGAUACCUCCAAUCUUAGCGUGAAUGGGACUUCGGGCUCCAGAACCAUUUGAAGCAGCUCCAAAAGCAGCACGGAUAGACGAAUGACUGACAGGCGGACAGAGAAUCUCCAAAGACUUCAAGACAACGCCCACUCGGUCAUACUCGGCUCCGCUCAACUGCUGCACGCAAAAGAGGAAGCGAUAUAAGGACGGGCAAACAGGAAGUGGAAUCAUCAUGGGUCAGCCCCCGGUACCUUCUGGACCAGCUGGUCCAGUCUGGUCCGACUUGGUGCCACAGUCCGUGGAAAACAGCAGGGGAGGAUCAGGACCAGAACCCAAAGCGGGAAACCAGGAAACCAAACCGAAAGGAUGUCCCGAGCGGAGGAGCGUGAGGAGACGGACUGUGUUUGCUCAUUCGGGAUGAAGUCCACUUGGGACAUCAAUGACCCCAAACUUCCUCAGGACACAAAGCAGUUUGAUGCCUUCCAGGAGUGGACCGACGGUUACGUGCGUUACAUCUACAGCGCCGAGGACAAGAACGCUCAGCGCCAUCUCUCGGGUUGGGCCAUGAGGAACACCAACAACCACAACUGUCAGAUCCUCAAGAAGUCCUGUUUGGGUGUGGUGGUGUGCUCGCGAGGUUGUACGCUCCCGGACGGUUCCCGACUUCAGCUGCGACCCGCUAUCUGCGACAAGGCACGGCAGAAACAGCAGAAGAAAGUGUGUCCAAGCUGCAGCGGCGCUCUGGAGCUGCUGCCGUGUCGAGGUCACAGCGGGUACCCAGUUACUAACUUCUGGAGGGUGGACGGGAAAGCCAUCUUUUUCCAGGCUAAAGGGGUCCACGACCAUCCGAGACCAGAGUCCAAAUCCGAAACAGAGGCCAGGAGAAGUUCUGUUAAAAGACGAGUCAACUCACCGCCAUUCGCACCAAAAAAACGACUCAUUGAAGCAACUCAGGGUCUCGGACCCGCUCUUCUCUCAUGUGUGGAGUCAGCAGACAGGAUCUCUUUCAUUGAGCCAACAUUCCCGCAGCAUUACCCGGGAUUCCAAAGUACAGAACCCUACUACAACCACCACAAUUCCCUGGGAGAGACGUCACCCGGCUUGCAAAAAACAGCCAGUCCAAGACUCUACAUGGGCAGGCCUAGCUACGAUUUCCCAGGGUACUUAACCUCACCGUCAUAUCCGGUCACCUCGGAACUUUGUGAUCCCAGGAUGACCCCGGUUCUUGGAUGUCCGACCUCCUCAGCAUCAGCACCCGUCUCUUCUUCAUCGACCUCAUUUGACCCCUCACCAAAACCAGGCUGGAAAGAUCUCCUGAAGACCUCCACCCCUUACAGUGACAACCACCAUUAUUACAGUACCGACUACCCCUGCCGCUACCCAGGAAACACCCCGGGUUCACCUGCUGCACUGCAGACCAUCAUCACCACCACAACCAAAGAGGAAGUCGCGGUCAAGAUGGCGAUGAGGUGAGCAGCUGGCGUCCAUCACGGCGAGGAAGUGAGCAGGUGGCUUCCAUGUUGGUUCGAGGAGGUGUGAUGAAAGGCAGCGAGAGCUCAAGUACAGUCAGGGGGGGGGCUUUUGUUGUGAAAGGACCGAGAGGCGGAGGAGCAGCUUCCUGAGAGUCAACAACAGCUGAGGUCGUUAAAAGCAGGUACGUCUGGGUCAAAGGUCAAACCAAAGUAAAACUCAUAGUUGACGCGACACCACACCAAAACCAUUAGGCAACAGUUGUCUAGUUAUUUAGUGGUCUCUUGUAGGUCCACUGGUCCACCGGUUUGUUGAUGCAGAGGUCCUUUGGUUCGAUUCCACUAGUAUUGUCAUUCAGUGGAUAAGUGGAGUAUAUGGCACAGUGGCGUCCGUAUCCAUUCAGGAAGUCUGGUGGUCCAGUGGUGUGAGUGGUCAGUGACGCUGAGGUUCAGUGGUUUAGUCACGUGGUACAGCGGCCUACUGAUCUUGUGGUCCUGUGGUCAAUGAGUCCAGUUCUCUGUGGUUUAUGUACUUCCUGUUUUUUUUUAAGUCCUCACGCUCAAUGUAUUCAUACAGGUCAGACAUAAAACGAAAAGCACUACUUUAGAUUCCUCUGAAGAUUUCACAUUCACUGCUGCAAUUUAUAAGUUUAGCCAGCAGAUGGCGACACCGCAUCAUUCAGCAGCUUGAUUGAAUAGCAACACAGCAAUGAUUCAUGAAUGCGUUAGACAACACGACAUGUGAUUGGCUGAAUCAGUGAGGGGGGGGAGGGCCGCAUUUGGACUGACAGCUGCAGGUGCUCGUCAGAAGAGAAUAGAAGUGAUCUAUUGGAUUUUAAUCCAUAAUUUUGUACAUGUGACAGAUAAAUGCCACUUUCAAUGUCAUUCUAGUUUAUACCCGGUUGGAUGUCCAGCAGGGGGCGUUGCCGAGCAGCAAAUGGGGAACUCAAUGAGGACUUUGUCAAACACACAGAGGUGCAUUGAUGGAAGUCAUGUGACCCAUCUUUAGGCUCCACUCUCAUACAUGAAAGCACUCAAUAUCUAUCUAUCUAUCUAUCUAUCUAUCUAUCUAUCUAUCUAUCUAUCUAUCUAUCUAUCUAUCUAUCUAUCUAUCUAUCUAUCUAUCUAUCUAUCUAUCUAUCUAUCUAUCUAUCUAUCUAUCUAUCUAUCUAUCUAUCUAUCUAUCUAUCUAUCUAUCUAUCUAUCUAUCUAUCUAUCUAUCUAUCUAUCUAUCUAUCUAUCUAUCUAUCUAUCUAUCUAUCUAUCUAUCUAUCUAUCUAUCUAUCAUCACAUGACUAAUGAAUGUUAAUUAAUUAAUUGGCAACAUUACAAAAGUGCAAUUGGACAUUUCAAUAUAAAAGACGACUGAAGCAAUGUAACCUUCCAAAAUAAAAGCCAACUAUAACAGGAAUGUUUUCCAAAAUAAAAGUAAACUGUAACAGGAGUCUUUUUUUCCCCCAAAAUAAAAGCAAAAUGUACCAGGAGUGUUUUUUCCAAAAUAAAAGCAUAUGUAUGAGGAAUAGUUUCCAAAAUAAAAGCUCGAUGAAAUAUUAAUUCAAAAUAAUAAAGAUAAAGAUAACGGGUGUGUUUUCCAAAAUAAAAGCAAACAUAACAAGAAGGUUUUUCCAAAAUAAAAGUGUAAUAUAACGGGAGUGUUUAAAAAAUGAAGGCAAUAAUGUUUUUUCCAGAAUAAAAGUUAAUCCAACACUGUUUUCCAAAAUAAAAGCUGGAUGUAAUAUUCAUAUUUUCCAACAAAAAAAAGUUAAAGGUAAGAGAAGUGUUUUCAAAAAUAAAAGCAACAAGAAUGUUUUCCAAAAUAAAAGUAUAAUAUAACAGGAAUUUUGUUUUCAAAAUAAAGGCACAAAUAACAGGAAUUUCUUUUUCAAAAUGAAAGCAAAAUGUAACAGUUAGCAGUGUGUGUGUUUUCAGAAUAAAGGUUAAUUUAACAGGAAUUGUUUCCAAAAUAAAAGCUGGAUGUAACAUAAUGUUUUGCCACAAAACGCUGGAUGUAACAUGAUUUUUUUUUCCAAAAUAAAGGCUGGACUGAACAUAAAUACUGUAUUUUUAAAUGAAAGCAAAUGUAAAGGAAAUAGGAACGUCUAUUAAAGACUAUUAAAGAUAAUGGAAGGGAAACAUUUUCCAAAAUAAAAGCUUAAUAUGAAAAAGACAUGUCCAGAUGAUG